AUGGCACAGAAAGAGAAGCUCCAGUGUCUGAAGGACUUCCAUAAGGACACGCUGAAGCCUUCCCCGGGGAAGAGCCCUGGCACCCGGCCCGAGGACGAGGCAGAGGGGAAGCCCGUCCAGAGGGAGAAGUGGAACUCCAAACUGGACUUUAUCCUGUCCGUCGCUGGCGGCUUCGUGGGUUUAGGGAACGUCUGGCGUUUCCCAUACCUCUGCUAUAAGAAUGGCGGAGGUGCAUUUCUCAUCCCGUACACUAUCUUCCUCUUUGGCGGCGGUCUCCCUGUGUUUUUCCUGGAGGUGGCCCUGGGACAGUACACCUCCGAGGGUGGGAUCACCUGCUGGGAGAAACUCUGCCCCAUCUUUACUGGUAUCGGCUACGCUUCUAUUGUGAUCGUGUCCCUCCUGAACAUCUACUACAUAGUGAUCCUGGCCUGGGGUUUGUACUACCUGUUCCAGUGCUUCCAGCCGGAGCUGCCCUGGGCCAAGUGUAAGAACUCCUGGAACACAGACCGCUGUGUGGAGGACACCGUCCGUAAGAACAAGACCCUGAUGCUGGCCGCUAACAUCACCAACUUCACCUCGCCCGUCACCGAGUUCUGGGAGUGA